CGUCUAUUGGGGCGUAAUGGUUCAUCGCAGUUCCAAAAAGGAUUAUAGCGGUGCAUCUGUAACAGCACAAUACAAAGUUGCCAUGCGCAAAAAUCAUCUUGUGUUCGCAUACACUCUUCCAAAAGUGUAUUCUGUGAUUAAUCGGUGAAGUUUCAUCUGCUGCUCAAAAUGUGACGCUCAAAGUUCAUCAAUCAGCAAGGUAGCAUCUGCUCUCCUUCUCCAACUGUUUUAAGAUGGACUGAGUCACAAUGUCGCAGCUGUACUACCGCAGAACGGACAACUCCUCUUACCGGGACCGCAUACCGCUGCGGAUAGUGCGCGCCGAGUCAGAACUCUCAGCACAGGAGAAGUCCUAUCUCAGCGCUGUAGAGAAGGGCGAUUACGCCAGCGUGAAACAAUCGCUGGAAGAGUCGGAGAUCUACUUCAAGAUCAACAUCAACUGCAUUGAUCCACUGGGGCGCACAGCACUGCUCAUCGCCAUUGAGAAUGAGAACUUGGAGAUCAUUGAUCUGCUCCUCAGCUUCAACGUGUACGUCGGCGACGCUCUGCUUCACGCCAUCCGGAAAGAGGUGGUGGGAGCAGUGGAGCUCCUACUGAACCACAAGAAGCCAAGCAGGGAGAAACAGGUACCUCCCAUACUGCUUGACAGACAGUUUUCUGACUUCACUCCCGACAUCACUCCCAUCAUCCUGGCGGCCCACACCAACAACUACGAGAUCAUCAAGAUGUUGGUUCAGAAAGGUGUGUCGGUCCCUCAGCCUCACGAGGUGCGCUGUAACUGCGUGGAAUGUGUCUCCAGCUCAGAUGUGGACAGUUUGCGACACUCACGCUCACGGCUGAACAUUUACAGGGCCCUCGCCAGCCCCUCUCUCAUCGCACUAUCCAGCGAGGAUCCCUUCCUCACAGCCUUCCAGCUUAGCUGGGAGCUCCAGGAACUCAGCAAAGUGGAAAACGAGUUCAAAACAGAGUACGAGGAGCUCUCCCAUCAGUGUAAACACUUUGCAAAGGAUCUUCUGGACCAGACCAGGUCCUCACGUGAGCUGGAGUUUAUCCUUAACUUCCGUGAUGAUGUCAACCUACUUCAGGAUGAGGCUACCAAUGAGCUGGCUCGCCUCAAAUUGGCCAUCAGAUACCGCCAGAAAGAGUUCGUAGCACAGCCAAAUUGCCAGCAGCUGUUGGCCUCACGCUGGUAUGAUGAAUUUCCUGGCUGGAGGAGACGCCAUUGGGCUGGCAAGUUCAUCACCUGCAUCUUCAUUGGCCUGCUGUUCCCCCUACUUUCCCUCUGUUAUCUGGUGGCACCCAGGAGCCGCUAUGGCCUCUUCAUUCGCAAACCCUUCAUUAAGUUCAUCUGUCACACUGCUUCUUACCUGACCUUCCUCUUUCUCCUGCUGCUGGCCUCCCAGCACAUAGUCUCCAACAAUCCUGAUCGACAAGGUCCUAAACCCACCACUGUGGAAUGGAUGAUCCUGCCCUGGGUUCUAGGUUUCAUAUGGACAGAGAUCAAGCAGAUGUGGGAUGGUGGAUUUCAGGAUUACAUCCAUGACUGGUGGAAUCUUAUGGACUUUGUGAUGAAUUCCUUGUAUCUUGCAACCAUUUCACUAAAGAUUGUGGCAUAUGUCAAGUACAGUGGAUGCAAACCCAGAGAUACUUGGGAAAUGUGGCACCCCACACUGGUGGCUGAGGCAGUGUUUGCCAUUGCCAACAUCUUUAGCUCACUGCGCCUCAUCUCGCUCUUCACGGCCAACUCGCACCUUGGUCCUUUGCAGAUAUCAUUGGGUCGAAUGCUCUUGGACAUCCUUAAGUUCUUGUUCAUCUACUGUCUGGUGCUGCUGGCCUUCGCCAAUGGACUCAAUCAACUCUACUUCUACUACGAAACCAGUAGUAAGGGCAUGAACUGCAAAGGCAUCCGAUGUGAACGUCAGAACAACGCUUUCUCAACGCUAUUUGAGACCUUGCAGUCUUUAUUCUGGUCCAUUUUUGGGUUGAUCAGUUUGUAUGUGACCAAUGUUCAAGCUGACCACAAGUUCACCGAAUUUGUGGGUGCUACCAUGUUUGGUACCUAUAAUGUCAUCUCCUUGGUGGUCCUUCUCAAUAUGCUUAUUGCCAUGAUGAACAAUUCAUAUCAGCAUAUUGCAGACCAUGCUGAUACUGAGUGGAAAUUUGCCAGAACUAAAUUAUGGAUGAGUUAUUUUGAUGAAGGAGGAACCUUACCACCUCCCUUCAACAUUAUCCCCAGUCCCAAAACCAUGUGUUACCUAAUUACAUGGAUUAAGGUGCAUAUUUUCAAGAGGAGGUCAAAAAGGACUGAGACAUUUGGGACAUUAGGGAGAAGGGCAGCUGAAAACGUGAGACUCAACCACCAAUACCAGGAGGUCUUGAGAAACUUAGUAAAACGAUAUGUGGCAGCCAUGAUUCGAGAUGCCAAGACUGAGGAGGGACUCACAGAGGAGAACUUCAAGGAGCUGAAGCAGGACAUAUCCAGCUUCCGCUAUGAGGUCAUAGGAAUGAUGAAAGGCAACCAGAAAAGUACUCGUGUGAAUAAGUCGAGCACAAUGGCUUCUGAUGUAUCCCAUGCAGACUUUUCACUUCAGUAUUCCUCAAGUCUUCAACAGAACAACAAAUUAAGUUUGUAUGAUGUCACCACAGUUUUGCAGCAGCAAAAAUCUGAAGAGACAAGGGACUCUCUCUGUGUAGUCAACGGCUCAGUGUUGGCUUUGGCUGACCAAAUAUCUAAAGACAAAGCCAGAAAGGACUUUCCUAAAGAUUUUACCGACUUUGGAUUAUUCCCGAGGACCCACAAGCAAACUGGUCUUGGUCUCAACCCAAAUAAGAUCUACUCUCUUAAAGAGGAGGCAAGGGAAUCAGAUACUGACAUAUUAGCCUGGGUGAUAGAGGAAACAGUUGAAGAGAAACCACUGGCAGACAGAGGUUGAGACGGAAGAGAAUAAAUCAAAGUGUCUGAUGGAGCAAGAGGAAAUUAUGUUGGAUCAUGUUAAAAAGCACACUGAAUCUCCACAAGAACACUAGGUAUAAACCCUUAUGUAACCAAGGAUAAUCUGAAUCACAAAUUUACAGGACUUACAGUGUCAGAGAUGGAGCAGUAUGCUUUUUGGUGAGACAAAGAUGGACCAAGUCUCUUAAAAUUGUUUUCCUGAGAAAGGGUACUGUAUUUAUCUGAACUCCAGAAUCUCCUUCUUAGGACUACAGAUGCCAAGAACAUGCAUAAAUCUCCCCAGAAAAAAAAUGGUGGAAGCUUGAGAAAGGAAAGAAUUUAGCACUUUAUUUUACUGUUUCUGUGUUACAAAUUUUACAUGUUACUAUUAUUAAUUACUAUAGUAAUACCAACAACAAUAUGUAAGUACAAGCAGCUCUACAAAAUAGUUACACAGUAAAAAAGUUUCAUUAGUAUUACUCAGUAAUAUAAAUACACAGUAACAUGAACACUGUAAAAUAAAGUGUGACCGGAAAGAACAAUUGGAUUAAAUUUCUAUCUAAUGGAGUUUAAACAUGUUCAGACUCAAGCACUUAUUUGGACAUGAUAAACAUAGAAAGUGGGCAUGUCAACUAUGAUGUCAGUGCUCAAGGAAAUUGCUGAAUAUUUAUGAAAUUGAAUAUUCUGUCAAAAUUGUUUUGCUGUGUAGAACUGAAUAUGACAAAUACACAGCCAAUCUAUGCAAUCUACACUACCUGUCAAAAGUUUUGAAACACUUGACUGAAAUGUUUCCCAUGAUUUUAAAAAUCUUUUGAUCUGAAGGUGUAUGCUUAAAUGUUUGAAAUUAGUUUUGUAGACAAAAAUAUAAUUGUGCCACCAUAUUAAUUUAUUUCAUUAUAAAUCUAAAAUGUAAUAAAAAAAUUUUUUUUUUAAAAACGUUUUUGAAAUUGAUGACUUGGACCAAAUAAUAAAGAAAAGCAGCCAAUAAGUGCCCAAUAUAGAUGGGAACUCCUUCAGUACUGUUUAAAAAGCAUCCCAGGGUGAUACCUCAAGAAGUUGGUUGAGAAAAUGUCAAGAGUACAUUUCUGCAAAUUCUAGGCAAAGGGUGACUACUCUGAAGAUGCUAAAAUAUAACACAGUUUUGAUUUAUUUUGGAUUUUGUUUAGUCACAACAUAAUUCCAAUAGUUCCAUUUAUGUUAUUCCAUAGUUUUGAUGACUUUACUAUUAUUCUAAAAUGUGAAGAAAGAAAAAUUAUAAUAAAGAAUGAGUACGUGUUUCAAAACUUUUGACCGGUAGUGUGUAUAUAGCAUUCAUUCAUAGUACACAUUUUAUUCAGAUACAUCUCCAGAUACAUCCAUACAUCUACACAUCUAUUAAACCAAAUUUUCAAAGCACCAUCCUCAAUAUUGUGAGUUUCAUCUGAUUUUAGUAUUCUACAUGACAUCUACAUGACUAUAAUAUUUCAACAGUGGUUAUUUGAAAAAUAAAC